CUAAGAAACGACAUCAAUGGCUGACAUGUCUAUUUAUUUCUUACUCGUAAUCGUUCUUUAUUCGGGAUCAAUUGAAACGUACUUUUUAAGCGACUACCUCGAUACCAAUCUACCAGACCGACUUAGUGAUCCAAUAGACGAAAAUUGGCAAGACAAACGAUCGGCUGAAAACGAGUAUCCCAUCUUUUCGAAUGAAUUUACUAAAAGCAAAAAGUCUACAGAUUUCGAUUACCGCGAUGGCAAUGUUGAAACACAUAGUGCUGAUGGUGAAAUAGGGACAGGCGAUACAUUCAAAAAACGGGAGAGUAAAAUCGGUAUCAAUGUUGAUGAGCCAUUCAGUGAGGCAGACAUUCGAAAAAUAUUUUCUCAGUUGUCCACAUCGGAUCGUCAAGAUUUCGAUGGCUUGAUGAACGGUGAAAGUCCAAAGAUUGAUGUUAACAAACGACACUUGUUGAAGCAAAAUUUUGAAAAUAGUUUCCACCUUAACAAGAGACACGAUGGAAAAAUGUGUAACGGGUUAGAAUGUGACGAAUACAAUCAAUUAGACAGGAUCAAACAACCAAUUUCGGAAGAAGACAGUUACGACAGCUGUCCAGAAAAAGUGAAUUCGAAAAGGAAAUCAAAAUUCAAACGAAGUCACAGUUUCCGCUCCACACCUCGCGAGAGUAUACUUCAAACGAAGAUUGACAUUUUGAAGGACAAUUAUAAACGAAGUCUCGAAAUGCGAUUGCUGGAGGACUCCGCGAAGAGACGGUACAGUAAAGCUAAACGGAAGCAAGAUAACGACAGACAAGGUCGCUAAAAAUUGAUUCUAUCGAAUAUUUGGCAAAUAAAUCGAAUAUUGAAACC